AUGCAAGGCAGCAAGAUCCCUAAUGUCGAAGCUGGGAUGGCUUCUCCUUCUUUAACCAACGAGCAUGAGCCGAUGGCUUCUCCUUCUUUAGCCGACGAGCCCGACGAGCAUGAUUCCACUGAUGAAGUGCCCAUUGUGUCUCCCAACAACGAUCAUUUUCAUAACAUCGUAGAAGGGCUCAGCAACUUGACUCUGGGAAGAGAAGGGAUCCAGCGCCCGACCAUAGUCUUGGUGGGAGGCCACGGCUAUGGGAUGUCUAGUGUUCUCGAGUCCUUGGCAAAAAGCUCCAACCCUGUCCCAGAGAUAUACCUUGAGUAUAAAGGUAAAGUUGUUACUACAGAUGAGGAACACAUAGCUAAUGCAAUUGGCACUGCUACUGAUGAAAUCGCUGGAUCUGGUGAACGUGUAGCAGACAUUCCCUUAACUCUCCAUGUGAAGACGACUGAUGUUCCUGAUCUUACGUUGGUUGAUCUCCCUGGUUUAAGAGUUCCUGUAGAUGGAAUCUCUAAAAAGAUUUACAAUAUGAUUAAGAAGUUCAUCAAGCCAGAGGAUUCUAUCAUUCUUAAUGUUAUAACAGCCACAGAUGACUUCACAACUUGUGAGUCCAUACUGAUUUCCAAGAAAUUCGACAAAAAAGGGGAAAAGACUUUGAAUGUGGUAACAAAGGCUGACAUAGCUCCUGAAGGGCUGCUGGAGAAACUCAUUGCGGAUGAUGUGAGUACCGGUUUUUGA